UCUUUUGAUUUUUCCCUUUCCAAUAACAGAUCUGUAAAAUCCCCUGGAUUCAUGAAGUAUUUAUGGAAGGUGUUCUUGCUUUAAAGACUGCAAUUCAUUGAUUUUACGAGGAGUUGGAUGAUUAUUGUCUGUGUGCUACGUGCAGAUAAUUUGGUGAUUACUUACCUUUGUGUUUUUGUUUAUUUUCUGCAGAUUCCCAUUGGCAUUGUAUGAUGCCACCUGAGAGAAGAAAGAGUGGUCGUCAAGGGUUACCUAUUGAUCGACUUAGCAACCUUCCAAAGAAUGUUAUCAAUUCCAUCCUGAUGCGUUUGCCUUUGCAAGAUGCUGUAAUGACAAGCAUCUUAUCGAAGAAAUGGAGGUAUAAAUGGUGCAGACUUCCACAGUUGACACUUGAUGAUGACCUUUGGGAGGAGACUCAUGACUUACUAUCCCCUUCUAUUAAGUUUACAAAAAUUAUGUACCAGAUUUUGACCCUUCAUUCAGGACCACUUACUAAGUUUACCCUCUCCAUUUCUGCACUGAGAAAGUAUCUUAAGAUUAACAGUUUGAUAUAUUUCCUCUCUAGGAAUGACAUUCAGGAUCUUGUUCUUAAAUUUUCGGAGUGGAACCGAUACAGAUUGCCGCCUUCAUUUUUCACGUGUUCUCAGUUGAGGCAUUUGACUCUCCAAAAUUGUGUAAUAUGCCCUCCACCAGCCUUCAAAGGAUUUGAUAUGUUAAAUAGCCUGAACCUGUGUGAUGUGACCAUUUCUUCCAAAUUACUAGAAAGUUUAAUCUCUUAUAGCCCCUUACUAGAGAAGUUGGUGUUGAAAAUCUCAGAUACUUCAGACCACCUUCAAAUUAACGCUCCCAAUUUGAGAUCCUUCGACUUCACAGGCUGCAUAAAAUAUAUUUCUUUAAGGAGUGUUCCUCUUCUUUCUAAACUUUCUCUUCCGUGUCAAAAAUCUAUUGAGGAAUCAGAAAAAUGUGAUUUUGACAAAUUUUUUCAGUUACUUUCUGCUCUUGAGCAUCUCUACUUGGCAAAUGGAAGUGACCAGUUCUUGGUUACAGGUGCAGCUGAAGUCCCAAGAAGACUUUCCUCUCCUCUUAACUAUCUUAAACGUUUUAACAUAACUCUCUGGAGAUUAGCUGAUUUUUCCAUUGCUCUUUGCUUGAUACGAAGCUCACCGUACAUACAAGAUAUUGAAAUGGAGGUUAGUAGUGAUGUUUAUAUUUUUCUUUUUUCUUCUGUAUGUGUUAUUCACAUGUAGUGAUGACUUCCUUAA